GGCUCAUUGUGAGGAUGGAGAUGACAUGAAUGUGUAUGGCACAUGGACUUCAAUAAAUGUACAUUGCCUUCUGCUGUUAAGAGGUGAACUUUUAAAGAUAGCUAUUAUUUCGUGCUCCCUCUCGCCGGAACGCAGCUGAGGACACGAGGAGUAGCCGACCCCGGGAAAAACGGCGGUCGGGCGAGAGGACAGGCGUCCGGGAGAGACGGUGAGGGCGGGCCGUACCGCGGCCUCGAGGCCCCGCCUCCGCGGGCCCCGCCCCGGCCCGCCGCCAUGUUGUUCCCUGGGCGCUGGACGUGAGUAGCUGGAGCUGGACCCCCGCAGCGCGACGCGCUCCUGCCCGCGGCGCCCCGACCUAGUCUCCUCGGAGAGGAGCUGGACCGGCCAGCCCGCGAGCUCCCGGGCGUCCUCUGUGUGGCCACGAGAAACUUCUUGCACUCCUAUAAUGAGCCUGGCACUGUGGUGAAACGCUUUUACCUGUUGUCCGUGACCCAGUGAAUCUUCCCAGGGGCCCUAGGAGGAUUUCUUUUGGGCUGAGAAAGGUCAUGGACAGCUUUCAGAUAAUGAUGCUGCUUGAGCUGAACAAUUAAGCCAAAUCAGUCAGCUUCUGUCUCUGGUUUCCUGGUUACCAGCUCCUAUGGUCAUAGCGUUGGAAGAGAGAAAGGGGAGGUCAUUGAGAAAACCCUUGGCACAAGACGAAAGCCAUCAGUAAAACUGUCACUGUGCCACCAAAGGGCUGUUUGAAGUUGUUACAAACAACCUGCCUACUUUGGUCUCCUACUGCAUGUCUAACAAAUGGGGGCAAGGGCUUAUUGUGCGUAGAGAGGAAUGGUUGAGAGCAAGGUGUUUGGGGUGAGACUUGGCUUUGAGUGCCUGCUUCAGUCAGCUUGGGGGAAGAGCAAGCCCUGACUGGCUGUGUCACGGAGUACCAGUAGGGUUGUGUCUGCUGUGUGGUCGAGCGCUCAGCAUGUGACAGCUCUUGCAUUAGGCAUUUUCUGUACAGAAAGGACUGGGGACUCUGUGCUUUAUUUCCCUUACGUACUGAUAUUCAUAGAAUCAUGUAGAGAAAUGUACAGGUCUAAAGCAAUGUAAUGGUACCUUUUAUUUUACAGGGUUCUAAAGUCAAAAUCGUGAGAUUAAUAAUGGCAGGAAAAUCUUCACUUUUUAAAGUAAUUCUCCUUGGAGAUGGUGGAGUUGGGAAGAGCUCUCUAAUGAACAGAUAUGUGACCAAUAAGUUUGAUACCCAGCUCUUCCAUACAAUAGGUGUGGAAUUUUUAAAUAAAGAUUUGGAGGUGGAUGGACAUUUUGUUACCAUGCAGAUUUGGGACACGGCCGGUCAGGAGCGAUUCAGAAGCCUGAGGACGCCAUUUUACAGAGGUUCUGACUGUUGCCUGCUCACUUUUAGUGUCGAUGAUUCUCAGAGCUUCCAGAACUUGAGUAACUGGAAGAAAGAAUUCAUAUAUUACGCAGAUGUGAAAGAGCCCGAAAGUUUUCCUUUCGUGAUUUUGGGCAACAAGAUUGACAUAAGUGAACGUCAAGUGUCUACAGAAGAAGCCCAAGCCUGGUGCAGGGACAACGGCGACUAUCCUUACUUUGAAACAAGUGCAAAAGAUGCCACAAAUGUCGCAGCGGCCUUCGAGGAAGCAGUUCGAAGAGUGCUUGCUACUGAGGAUAGGUCGGAUCACCUGAUUCAGACAGACACGGUCAGUCUGCACCGAAAGCCCAAGCCUAGCUCAUCUUGCUGUUGAUCGUCAGAGAGGUUGCCUGUGCGAUCUCACCAACUUACACACAUUCACAGAAACAAAACACGGUGGAGAAGAGAAUUAGCAUUUGCAGCAAUGGACCAUCUACUCAUAAAAUUAAACUAACCAUAUUGCUGCUUUGUUGGUGGGUGGGAGAAGGGACACAUCCACUCAUGGAAGAAUCAAUUUACUCAGUAGUGGCACCUUACAUUUAUAAAUUGUAAUGGUUGUCUAAUAACAUUUAAUUUAAAUAUGUACGUUACAGAGCUAAUAAAAGAGAUGAUCAAUACUUUAAUUAUAAUUAAAACAAAACACUUGAAUAUUCUGGAAGUUAUUGUUUGUUUUUCCUGGGAAAAUGGAGAACUACUUUUUAUAUGUGUAUAUUUUUAUGUAAUUAGCAUUCAGUUCCUGGUUGAGGGGGAAAAAAUUCCCUAAAGCAAUAAUGUUAAAUAAUAAAGAUUAAAACCUA